GGCAGCCUUCAUAUUUUUACGACCUCCAGCAUGUCCCACAACGCCGUCCUUCCCAAUGCUCUCCAAACGCCCGGCAUCGAGCGUCUGCGUAAUAAACGUGUCGUCCUUGCGUCUGCCAGCCCACGGCGGAAAGAGAUUUUGCGUACGCUCGGCCUCGACCCAGAAGUUGCACCGUCCACAUUCCCAGAGAACCUCCCGUUCUCUUCAUUUGAGCAGAUCCACGAGUAUCCCGUCGCCACCGCGACACAGAAGGCGGUGGAGGUGUACAAUCGGCUUGUGGAAGCGGACCCAGACGAUCCGCCUGAUCUCGUUAUUGGAGCGGAUACCGUCGUCUUCACGCAUGCCCUACCCGCGACGACGCUCGAGAUGGAGACAGGUACGCGCCAAGAAUUGCUAGAGAAACCGACCUCGAAGGUCGAUAAUCUGAGAAUGUUGUUGGAGUUGAACGGCGGCGUGUGUGAGGUGGUUUCGGGUGUUUCGUUAGUCUACCCGAUUUUAACUGCUCCAGGCUACGCUGUUCGAGAAUUCGACGAACGAAGUCUCGUCUACUUUGCAGAUAACCCCCGCCAUAUACUCGAGGCUUACGUCGAGAACGGCGAAGGUGCAGAUCGCGCAGGCGGCUUUGCUGUGCAGGGUCUAGGCGCACUUCUCAUUCGCAAGAUUGACGGUGAUUACCAUAACGUCGUAGGCUUUCCUGGGGCGGCAUUCUUUAAGAUGUUGGACAUUUUAGUUGAGGAAGACGAUGAUUUCCUGACAAUUUGAGACCACAU